AUGCCUAAGCCAGUCUUUGUCCUCCUCCAUGGCGCGUGGCACAGUCCUCGAUGCUGGAACCCUCUUGUUGGUGAACUCGCUAAGGCUGGCUAUUCAGCCGUCACGCCCGCCCUUCCCUCGACAGGUUCCACUCCGCCUACCCCGGACUGGUCUAAGGAUGUCGAAACGAUCCGGGACACAGUCUCAGAUCUGGUCCAGGAGCAUGACGUCGUUGUGGUCAUGCAUAGCUUCAGCGGCAUGACCGGCGGUACCGCCCUAGAAGGUCUGGACAAGCCGGCAUGCGCAGCAAAGGGACUCAAGGGCGGAGUUGUUCGACUGAUCUACAUCGUCGCCUUCCUUGUACCCGAGGGAUUCCAGCACUCCCCGUACGGCACUCGAGACAACAUGAUUCCCGAAAUGAGGACCGAUUUUGAGGCCGGUAUCAUUACCGUGCGUCCCGAAGAUGCAAAGGCCAUGUUCUACCAAGACAUAGACAACGCGACUAGCUUUGGAGCUUAUUGGAGCACCACGACAUAUGCUGCCUGGCGAGAUAUCCCGACCACUUACAUCCUGUGCACGGGAGACAAGCCAACCACUGUGGCGGCCGCGCAGCACCUCGUUGACUCGGCGAAGGCAAAUGGACGGCACAGGAUCGACAACGUUAUCAAGGUCGAUGCCGGCCACUCUCCGUUCAUCAGCAGGCCCGGUUGGACGGCCGCGACGCUCAUCCAAGAGGCCAUUCGAGAGGGCUAA